AAAACACAACAGAUUACUCUUUACCCUAUUCUACCGAAACAACUCUUCCGCCGAAAAAAUGUCUCAAACAAGAGAUCCUCGUCCACAACCUCGGAGCCUCCGACAAAGUAAGAACCAUCUCCCACACGACGUCGUACUGAACAUCCUGACAAGGCUUCCAGUCAAAUCAGUCCUAAGAUUCAGGUGCGUUUGCAAACCUUGGGGCUCCUCAAUCGCUAGUCCUAAUUUCAUAUCCACCCACCUUAGUAACACCAACAACGAUGAUGAUCAAGAUCAAACUUUUCUCAUACAGACGCGUAUUCAAUAUAAUACGCGUAAGAUUCCAAUAAUCUCUAAGGUUCUUUGUUGUGACUGCACGUUUGAUUGGCUUUUUGAGUAUCCAACUCCCUCUGUUUUUGAUUUAAACAUGUCCCGAAUGGUCGGUUCUUGCAAUGGUUUAGUGUGUCUAGUUCAACAUGGAAAUCGUUCUAUAUAUUUGUGGAACCCCAGUAUUAGAAAAUUUAAGAGAUUGCCUGAUUCGUGUCUAAGCCAACAUUUUUCUAAUGGCCAAGAUGAUUGGGUUUCUACCGGAUUUGCUUGUCAGUCCAAGACAAAUGACUACAAGGUUGUAAAGCUUUGGUGUACUCCAGUUGUGGCCGAGGUUUACACAUUAAGCUCGGACUCGUGGAGAAGGGCUGAAAUCUCAUUGAAAUCCAAUGUUGUGGUCUCCUAUAUCGACUUUUUUACAGAUCCCCAUUUUGUUAGUGGGGCUUUGCAUUGGUUGGCUUAUCAUACUGAAAGUGAAAGGGAAGGGGAAUUCCUAGAUCGAAUGAUGAUUUUGUCAUUUGAUGUCGAUAAUGAGGAAUUUGGGGAGACGGCACUACCUGAUGGAGAUAAAUUGCACCAGCGAAGUCUAUUUGUGUUCAAGGGAAAUCUGGCUUUCAUAACAUAUGGAUACCCCGAAAACGAUGACGACAAAAUGCCAGAUUCGCAAUGCUUCAUUUGGGUAAUGAGGGAGUACGGUGUACAUGAAUCAUGGAAUAAACUUUUUUCUAUCCGGUUUGAAAAUGUUGAUAUAAGUUUCUAUGGUUGCACUGAACAUGGUGAACUUCUACUUGACAAGAAAGUCAAGGAAGAAUCCGAAGAUGGUGAAAUAAAAAUAUAUUAUUGCAAUGAGUCUACGAUUCUUUCAAAUGACACUGCGAUUGUUUCACUAGACCCUAAAACUUUACAUGAGAAGGACCUUAUUAUCCUACGAUAUGUUACAAAUAUAGUUAGUACGUUCAAGGAAAGCCUUGUGUUUCUUGAUGGAGCAACCGAGCUAUCUGGAUAAGAACUGAAAUCAUUAGUGAUAAUCAUUGCAUUUUGUUAGGUAAGUGUGAUAUGAUUUAGACCAUUCUCAUGUUGUUUACUUUGGUAUCAUUUUGUUUUGCCGUAGGCAUAAAUUUACUGAUAUGAUGUAGGUGAACUUAAUUUAGAUGUAUAUCAACCUUUUAUGCUUGUGGCGAUUUCAUGAAAGAACAUAUAACAUUUUAAUUCUGACUUUUUUUUUUGUGCC